AACACUCACUUUACUCUUUUUUCCCUCUUCACACACUUCUCUCCCAAACUAAAGACAAAACUCUCUCUCUCUCUCUCUCUCUCUCUCUCUCUUCUCUCUUUUCACACUCUGUUCUCCGGCGAAAGAAAGAUGAUAACGGCGACGGACUUUUACCAUGUCAUGACGGCUAUGGUUCCGUUAUACGUAGCUAUGAUCCUCGCUUACGGCUCAGUCAAAUGGUGGAAAAUAUUCACACCAGACCAGUGCUCCGGCAUAAACCGUUUCGUAGCUCUCUUCGCCGUUCCUCUCCUCUCUUUCCACUUCAUCGCCGCUAACAACCCUUACGCCAUGAACCUCCGUUUCCUCGCCGCUGACUCACUUCAAAAGGUCAUCGUCCUCUCUCUCCUCUUCCUCUGGUGCAAACUCAGCCGCAACGGCUCGUUAGACUGGACCAUAACACUCUUCUCACUCUCCACUCUCCCAAACACUCUAGUCAUGGGGAUACCACUACUCAAAGGCAUGUACGGUGACUUCACUGAAGCUGAGAUUAAAGAAGAUGGGAAGCUUCAUGUUACUGUUCGUCGUUCUAACGCUUCGAGGUCUGAUAUAUACUCGAGAAGGUCUCAAGGCUUGUCUGCGACUCCUCGGCCUUCGAAUCUAACCAACGCUGAGAUUUAUUCUCUUCAGAGUUCAAGAAACCCGACUCCACGUGGGUCUAGCUUUAACCAUACUGAUUUUUACUCGAUGAUGGCUUCUGGUGGUGGUGGUGGUGGUGCUCGGAACUCUAACUUUGGUCCUGGAGAAGCUGUGUUUGGUUCCAAAGGACCUACUCCGAGACCUUCGAACUAUGAAGAAGACGGUGGUGCUGCUAAACCCACGGCUGCUGGAACUGCUGCCGGAGCUGGGAGGUUUCAUUAUCAAUCUGGAGGGAGUGGUGGUGGUGGUGGCGGCGGAGGGGCGCAUUAUCCGGCGCCGAAUCCAGGGAUGUUCUCGCCUCAGACUGGUGGUGGUGGAGUUACGGCGGCGAAAGGUAACGCUCCGGUUAGUGGUGGAAAGAGGCAAGAUGGGAAUGGAAGAGAUCUUCAUAUGUUUGUGUGGAGUUCGAGUGCAUCGCCGGUGUCGGAUGUAUUCGGCGGUGGAGGAAACCACCAUGGUGAUUACGCCGCUGCUACGAACGAUCAUCAAAAGGACGUUAAGAUCUCUGUACCUCAGGGGAAUACUAACGACAACCAGUUUGUGGAGAGGGAAGAGUUCAGUUUCGGUAACAAAGAUGAUGAUAGCAAAGUUUUGGCAACGGACGGAGGAAACAACAACAUAAGCAACAAAACGCCGCAGCCUAAAGUGAUGCCACCAACAAGUGUGAUGACAAGACUCAUUCUCAUUAUGGUUUGGAGGAAACUAAUCCGUAAUCCCAACUCUUACUCUAGUUUAUUCGGCAUCGCCUGGUCCCUCGUCUCCUUCAAGUGGAACAUUGAAAUGCCAGCUCUUAUAGCAAAGUCUAUCUCCAUACUCUCAGAUGCAGGUCUAGGCAUGGCUAUGUUCAGUCUUGGGUUGUUCAUGGCGUUAAACCCAAGAAUAAUAGCUUGUGGAAACAGAAGGGCAGGUUUUGCGGCGGCUAUGAGAUUUCUCGUCGGACCUGCCGUCAUGCUCGUUGCUUCUUAUGCCGUUGGCCUCCGUGGCGUCCUACUCCGUGUCGCCAUCAUCCAGGCAGCAUUGCCACAAGGAAUAGUACCGUUUGUGUUCGCCAAGGAGUAUAAUGUGCAUCCUGACAUUCUUAGCACUGCUGUCAUCUUUGGCAUGCUGAUUGCGUUGCCCAUAACUCUUCUCUACUACAUUCUCUUGGGGCUAUGAUGAGAUAUUACCUUAAACACAGGGACCUUUUUUAAAUCUUUUGGGUGAUUAUGAAAUGUGAAAAGAACAAAAGAUGCCCUUUUUGUUGGAUACCCACAAAUUUAAUCAAAAGAGGAGUUUCUAGUGAAACUUCGAAGAUAAUUUGGAGAAAGAAGCUCUUGAAGAAAGGAAGAAGAAGAGGUGCUUGGCAAGUUUUACCUUUUUUCUUAGUUUUAAUGAACAUUCGUGUUUCUUUUGGUAGGUUGUAGGAAUUUGUAAAAGCGUUGCUACUUUUAGUGAAUUAAAACGUUAAGGAAAAAAAACCCAAAAGUUCAAUUAA